AUGGCUGGACCAAAUGGGCGAAUCAACCAAGUGAGGAGAAAGGGUAUCUAUUCUACAAAGAGGGGAAAUGGUGAUAACUUACUGCUAAUGAAACGCCAAGGAAAACAUGGCAUACAGGAAGCUGAGAGUGACGAAUUAUCGAAUCACGAGGCCUCUUCUCCCACGAAGAAGCGUGCUAAAGCAGAAGAUAUUAUUGCAGAUAGGACUAGAGUGGUGGAAGGCAUGUCGAUGGCUACGUUUGAUUGCAGUAAUAAAAUUGGGAAGCUGUUUUCUGAUUCCGAGAUAAAAGUUGACAAGAGAUCAGAAGAAGAAGAAGAAAAAGAGGAAGUAGGGGACAUUUCCGUAUCGCUGAUACAGAAUUUGAAGGACGAAGACAUCGAGUCUAUCAAGUGCAGAAACAACAAUCUUUUAGACAGUAAAAAACUACUAUUAGAGGCGGAAUUAUCAGCAGUUGAAGACAAUCAAAUCUUUUCGUCUUCAUUCCCUGAAGGAAAGAAAUUAUCGAUGCAAAACUCUUUGAGCUCCAGAGAUCAAAUUGUUAAAAAGCUUCAAACAAGGAAAGACUACGUAAGCAAGUUUAACCUACCACCUUUGUUAUUUUCAGACGAGCUGCUGAAUGAGGUGGAACCCUUCAUGCCUAUUGUGAUGGAUAUAUUGAAGGGACGGGUCUCCUCUGCCUAUUACUUCAAGGCAAAAAAUGCAUACAGGAAUUCCCAAAAGGCCUAUCUGUCAGUAGAUGAGUUUAGAAAAUUAAACUUAAACAAAUUUACUGCGGGAUUUUAUGGAUUGAAAAGGCAAUUGAGGGUUGGCGAAGAUAUUGCUAAGAGAUACAGAAGGGAAUUGACACAUAACCAACCUGCAACACUGAGAUGGUGGGGGGUGACAGAUUUCUGCAAUUACGUUUUGGCGCCAGAAAUUCUUGCGUCCUUUUGUAUUCGCCAAUUAAAUUUCUCCAGCAGAUCUCAUUCACCAAAGUUGCAAGAUAAACUCAGCGAAAAAGCCUACUACUACGACCCCGAAACAAGGGUACUAGCAUACGAUUUAUUCGAAGAUACGAUCGAGUACGGCCUUAUAGUCGCAGAUUCUGAUCCAAUAGAGCAGUGGGAAACCGCUAUAGAGGAAGACCGUCUGCAAGAACUGAAGCUCGAUGUGCACUACUAUUCUAGCAAGAGAUGGCGACAGCCCGCCAAUGGUGAGGCCAAAUGA